AGUCUCCAAUUCAAGUCCAAUGACACUUGUUGACUUUUUCCUUCCUGAGUCACCAUCACUUUGUAGUUGUACAAAUUUUAGGUUCGGUUCCCUGUUUCCUCUGAUAACGAACUAGGCACUUUUACGACCUCUGCGACUGCUUUCCUCUAAUUGUUUGUUAUCAGACGUUUGCAGACAGUCUCUGCAAACGACCAGAAGCAGCCACAAAGUUUGAGCUUGAAAUCAAAUACAUACCGAUCACCUUUUCGUAAAUCAUUACUAGUCAAAAUAGUCAGGGAACUUUACCUACAUAUUUGAUCCAGAUUCGACAAUUGUUGAUUCAACAUUUGAUCAUCUGUUGUCCAUGUGGCGUCGUCAACAUGACAGUAAUUGUGGUUGAUGAAUCCACCGCGAUUAAGUUGGUGUCCAUGUACUAUAAACUGGAGGAACUUAUUGAGGAGUUACAAGAUGCAAAAGAUGAUGUUGGUCUCAGCUAUGAAAAUGAAAAUGUCAUCUCCGACGAUUUGGAGUACAUGAUUCAGACAGCGUACGAGUUACUUGAAGCAAUAUCCAUUCCACUCAAUGCAACAGCAUCUGGAAUUACAUGGGACCUAACAGACGAAGAGGACGAGGAUAGUUUGGAUGAUUUGGACGAUGAAGAUGAUGAAUUCGGCGAUGAUGACAUGGAUGAGGAUGAAGACAACGAGGAGGGUGACGAUGACCAUCACGAGGAUGAGGAUGAUUUCGAAUCAGACAUGGAUGGAUUCCAGAGUUUGGGGUCGUUAGAUGAGCUUUCUAUUACUGAUGAAGGUGCGUUGGAAGAACUCAUCAACUUUACUGAUGGUGAUGAGUUAGAAGUGGUAAUGGAGUCACAACUUAUCUAAUUAACCAAUUGAUUUGGUUGUCCAACAGUGUUCAUAGGUUACUUGUGUGAUGUAAAAUAUGCUAAAUACUCUACAUAUUUUCCAGGACAGAUCUGAAUCUUAUAAUUAUUUAACAGUCAAUAGGAUAUAAGCUACGUUACGAUAUACGCUGUUUUUAUCUUACAAUAAACUUAAUUUUCUAAA